GCCCGGCUGCGGGCUGGGUUGGGGCCGGGCGGGCGGCCGGGGCUUUCCUGCCCGUCUCUGGGGUUUCCUGAGCGGGAGGGAGGCACUUCUCUGUCGCGCGUCGAGAGAAAGAGGAGCGGACGCGUUCCUGUAGCUGCUUAUUUUUAAUACCACGGGGGAGCGAUUCGUCUCUCGUAAAGCCUGCGCUGGCUUGGGAGCACCGGAGCCAGCUCCCGGCUGAGGCUUGUUGCGGUGCUGGCUGUGCUGCGGCCUCGUGGGGCUGCGAUGGAGCCGGAGAACGCGGGAGGAGAGCUGAAGGACGGGCAGCACCACUACGAGGGAGCUGUCGUCAUCCUGGACGCGGGCGCCCAGUACGGGAAAGUCAUCGACCGCCGGGUGCGCGAGCUCUUCGUCCAGUCCGAGAUCUUCCCCCUGGAGACGCCCGCCUUCGCCAUCAGGGAGCAGGGCUUUCGAGCUAUCAUCAUAUCUGGAGGACCAAACUCUGUGUAUGCUGAAGAUGCACCGUGGUUCGACCCGGCAAUAUUUACAAUAGGAAAACCAGUUCUUGGGAUCUGCUAUGGCAUGCAGAUGAUGAAUAAGGUGUUUGGAGGAACGGUGCACAAGAAGAGCGUUAGAGAAGACGGAGUGUUCAACAUUACUCUGGAUAACACGUGUUCACUGUUCAGGGGCCUUCAAAAGGAAGAACUUGUGCUCCUCACUCAUGGAGACAGUGUGGAUAAGGUAGCUGAUGGAUUCAAAGUGGUUGCACAGUCUGGGAACAUUAUAGCAGGUAUAGCAAAUGAAUCUAAAAAACUGUAUGGAGCACAGUUCCACCCUGAAGUUAGCCUUACAGUGAAUGGAAAAAUGAUCCUGAAGAAUUUUCUUUACGAUAUUGCGGGAUGCAGCGGAACCUUUACGGUGGAAAACAGAGAACUUCAGUGCAUUCAAAAUAUCAAAGAGAAAGUGGGCUCAUCAAAAGUUCUGGUUUUACUCAGUGGUGGUGUGGACUCAACUGUGUGCACUGCUCUCCUGAAUCGUGCUUUGAACCGGGAUCAGGUGAUAGCUGUACAUAUAGAUAAUGGAUUUAUGCGCAAGAGAGAGAGCCAGUCUGUGGAGGAGGCGCUGAAAAAGCUUGGGAUUCAGGUUAAAGUGGUGAACGCAGCUCAUUCUUUCUAUAACGGUACAACAACUUUGCCAAUCUCCGAUGAAGACAGAACUCCACGUAAAAGAAUUAGCAAGACCCUAAAUAUGACUACAAGUCCUGAAGAAAAGAGAAAGAUUAUUGGUGACACGUUUGUUAAGAUUGCCAAUGAAGUUAUUGGAGAAAUGAAUCUGAAACCUGAAGAGGUUUUUCUUGCUCAGGGUACCCUCAGACCUGAUCUCAUUGAAAGCGCUUCCCUUGUUGCGAGUGGCAAAGCUGAAGUAAUCAAAACUCAUCAUAAUGACACAGAGCUGAUUCGAAAGUUAAGAGAAGAGGGUAAGGUUAUAGAACCACUGAAAGACUUUCACAAAGAUGAAGUUCGAGUGCUAGGAAGAGAACUUGGACUUCCUGAAGAGCUGGUCUCAAGGCAUCCCUUCCCAGGUCCUGGUCUGGCAAUCAGAGUGAUAUGUGCUGAGGAACCUUAUGUGUGCAAAGAUUUUCCUGAAACAAACAACAUUUUGAAAAUAGUUGCAGAUUUUUCUGCAAGUGUUAAGAAGCCACAUACUUUGUUGCAAAGGGUGAAAGCGUGUACGACUGAAGAAGACCAGGAGAAACUGAUGCAGAUUACAAGCCUACAUUCACUGAAUGCCUUCUUGUUACCCAUCAAAACUGUGGGAGUGCAGGGUGACUGCCGCUCGUACAGCUAUGUUUGUGGGAUCUCCAGUAAAGAUGCUCCACACUGGGAGUCUCUCAUGUUUCUUGCCAGGCUCAUACCGCGCAUGUGCCACAACAUCAACAGGGUUGUGUAUGUGUUUGGUCCACCAGUCAAAGAGCCUCCCACCGAUGUCACGCCCACGUUCCUGACAACAGGAGUCCUCAGCACUUUACGUCAAGCUGAUUUUGAGGCUCACAACAUUCUCAGGGAGUCUGGUUACGCCGGAAAAAUUAGCCAGAUGCCAAUAAUACUGACACCAUUGCAUUUUGAUCGGGACCCGCUGCAGAAACAGCCUUCCUGCCAGAGAUCUGUGGUAAUUCGGACGUUUAUUACUAGCGACUUCAUGACUGGGAUUGCAGCAACUCCUGGUAAUGAGGUUCCAGAAGAGGUUGUAUUAAAAAUGGUGGCAGAGAUAAAGAAGAUUCCUGGCAUUUCUCGGGUGAUGUAUGACUUGACAUCAAAGCCACCAGGAACUACGGAGUGGGAGUAAAUAACUUUUUUUUUUAUUCAAGUACUGUGUGCAGUCUAAAUCAUAUCAGAAACCAUUCCCAGUGUUGACAUGCAGUACUGUGAAAGAGUGACUGGAGCUGCUACAUCCCAUCUGACUCCUCUCCUGGAGCGCAGAGCGGCGGUUACGAGCUGUGCAGGGAUAACAGAGCGGGGCUGAGGAUUUGUACGGGUAAAUGAUGGCGGCGGCGUUGCCUGUGCGCAGACAGAUUCCUAUUGCUUUGGCCUUUGUCUUACUGAUUCUUCCCGUUUCCACGUGUUCCCAUUGUUAACUGUCAUUUCAACGCGUCUUUGGUUUUGUACACUGUGUAAAAAGAGACGGCUUAUUUACUUCUACCAAAAGCAUUGUUACAGCCUAAAAAUGUAAAAUGAAUUCUUUGUGACCAACUGCUUUUGAACAAAUUUAUUAUAAAUAAAUAUUUUGCCAAAUGGA